CCGUUCAGUUCACUUUGGAGAGACUUUUGGUACGCUAAAACAUUGACAAGAACCAAUUAAGGCAAAAAGUGGUUAACAAAUAGUAGCAAAAACCCAAAAACUUCAUGCUCAAGUUCUUCAGUUUAUGUAGCUCAUGAUAUUCUGUCUCUGUAAAGCUUCAAUUCUGAUUGUAAAUCAGGGUUUGAGAUGACUUCAUUAUCUAUAACGGCUGCAAACUAUGGAAGAGGAAGAAGUGAAGAGAAUAGCAUUCUGGGACACUGGCCAAGUUUUUCUUUCAGAAAUGAGCUCUUUUCUAAUAGUAUUACUGUUGGCGGUUUGUCUGGGUGUUCAGAUGGUGUUUGGUUCAGAGCUGUGCAAGAAUCAAGAGUGCUAAGCGAGAAGAAAUUUCAGGUUGCUGCUAAAAUCAAAAGAGGGAAGAAGCAUGAUUACCCUUGGCCAGAUGAUAUUGACCCAAACACUGACAAUCCAUUAGCUUAUCUGUCUUACUUUAAGCCUCUCGAUGAGAAACCUAAACCAGUCACCCUCGCUUUUGAGAAGCCAUUGGUUGAUUUGGAAAAAAAGAUAAUGGAGGUAUCCCGAAUGGCUGAUGAAACUGGACUAGAUUUCAGCAAUCAGAUCAAUGCUCUUGAAGCUAAGUAUGAACAGGCUCUCAAAGAUCUAUACACACAUUUAACACCAAUUCAACGCUUGACUAUUGCUCGACAUCCAAACAGGCCAACUGUUCUGGAUCAUAUCGUGAACAUCACAGAUAAAUGGGUAGAACUCCAUGGAGAUCGUGCAGGCUAUGAUGAUCCAGCUAUUGUGACUAUCUUAGGGAGCAUCGAAGGUAGAAGCUAUAUGUUCAUAGGUCAUCAGAAAGGAAGAAACACCAAAGAAAAUAUUAUGCGCAACUUUGCCAUGCCAACUCCUCAUGGCUAUAGGAAGGCAUUGCGGAUGAUGAAAUAUGCUGAUCAUCACGGUUUUCCUAUUGUUACCUUUGUAGAUACACCAGGGGCUUUUGCUGAUCUGAAAUCUGAGGAACUUGGUCAGGGUGAAGCUAUAGCCCACAAUUUAAGGACAAUGUUUGGCCUUAAGGUUCCAAUUGUAACAGUUGUGACUGGUGAAGGUGGUUCAGGUGGAGCUCUUGCAAUUGCUUGUGCCAACAAGUUGUUUAUGUUGGAAAACUCUGCAUUUUAUGUUGCAAGUCCAGAAGCAUGUGCUGCGAUACUGUGGAAGUCCUCCCAAGCAGCUCCAAAGGCUGCUGAAAAGCUGAGGAUUACUGCACAAGAACAUUAUAGGCUAAGGAUUGCAGAUGGAAUCAUCCCCGAACCUCUUGGUGGCGCACAUGCUGAUCCUCUGUGGAGUUCUCAACAGAUUAAAUUUGCAAUCAUCCAGGCUGUAGAGGAAUUGAGCAAAAUGAGUACUGAAGAACUGCUUCGCCACCGUAUGCUCAAAUUUCGGUCAAUUGGAGUUGGAGGUUAUAAAGAAGAUGGUCUGGUUGAACCUGAAAGGAAGCGUAACAUGAAGCCAUCCGAGGUAAAUGCCCCAAAGAAUGCUGACAUAGAAUCUGAGCUUGAAGAUCUGAGGAACAAAAUUUUUGAAGCAAAGGGUCCAUCUGAUCCAAUCACCAUUGGAGCAGUUGGGAAACUUGAAGAAGAUCUUGACCGGGAGAUGACCAAAGCUUUCAUUUCUAUGGGCUUGAAAGACAAGAUUGAGUCACUCAAGUUGGAUAUAGCCAGAGCCCGUAAACCAAAUCAACCACUUAGCAGGCCUUUGCAGGAGAAAGCAGACAAAAUAGUCAAAGAAUUUAAGCAAAAGUUAUCUUGGCCUGGGGCCUAUCUUGGAUUGAAGCAAAAGCUACAAACUCUUACCAUGGCUAGAAGGCUCAUUAAGUUGAAAGAGCAAAGUAGCAGACUGAAAACUGAAGUUAACCAGAAAAUUACACAAGAGAUCAGAGCCAAGAUGGAUCAUUUCAAAAAGGCUUUGGAGAAGUCAUCAAGAGGAGAUUCAUUAGAUAGCAAUUUAGCUGAGGAAUUACAAAUGGUUAAGAAAGCACUAGAGGAUGUUUUGAGGUCAGCUAACUUGGACAUCGUGGGAAUAACUAAAAGAAAGGACGAAUUCAAACAACCUGAUAUUAAGGAGAAGGCAAAGCAGAUAAACAAAGAGAUCAGCAAGGAAAUAGAAAGUGCAGUAGACAGAGCAGGAGUUCGGAACAAAAUUGAAGAACUAAAGGUGGAAUUUGCAAAAGACUCGAGCUCAGAAAAAGUCAAAAAGUUGGAAGCAGAGAUAAAACAAAGAGUUGCUAGUGCUCUUAGUGUCAGCCAACUCAAGGAAGAGGUUGAGAAACUAAGACAGGAGCUGGCUUCAAGCACUAGAGCAGAUGUUGGAGCUGCAGUUGGUGCUGAUAGUGGUAGAUUAUGAGAUUCAUUAACUUUAUGCUUACUAGAUAUUGGUGCAUGCACACUCAUGUAAUCACAUAAUGUUGUACACAUACUUUUUGCUUUGUUUAGGAUAAUAGGACAAGGGAUGAGAACAAGUUGCUGAAAGGAUUGAAGUUUGUAUUGUUUUUCAUGCCGCCAAUGGAUUUGCAUCUAUAGAUA